AUGCACGCCGGCCAAACGCACGUCAGCGAGAGGCCCGCCGCGCGCGGUCCCGUGGACUGGCACCGGCUGCUCGAAAGCGCCGCCGCGCGCGGCAACACUGACGCUUUGCAAUGGAUGCGCGACACGCACGGACACCGACCCGACGACGCUGUCGUGCAGACCGCCUUCAUCGCCGCCGAACCCGACUACGUGGACGUCGUCCGGUGGUGGAUCGUCGACGGCGGCUUCGCGGCGGAUGCUGGCGAUGAUGAGGCCGCUGUGGUCGUCACUGGCGACGGCGUGCUGGAGGCAGCCGAGGGCGGCGUGGCGGGUUAG